GGACCCCCGGACACUGGGGCUCCACAUGUGGUUCCAAUGCGAGUUGGGGUCAAAGUAGGAGACAUGUCCCUUCAGGAUACCAUUCUGUGUGAUGGCCUAAUGGACGCCUUUUAUAACUACCACAUGGGUGUAACAGCUGAGAACGUGGCGAUGCAGUGGCAUGUGAGUCGAGAGGAGCAGGACAAGUUUGCUGUACAGUCCCAGAACCGAACUGAGGCAGCACAGAAAGCUGGCUAUUUUGAAAAAGAAAUUGUUCCUGUCUCCGUCCCUUCCAGGAGAGGUAUGUGCUGUACUCCUAGGAGGAGAGAUUUUGAGACUGACUGGUUCAUCUGCACGAGCGCGUCACCUGCAGGAGACGAGACUGGGGUCAUGGCUCAACUCCAGGUAGGAAAAGCCGGCUGGACGCUGGAUGAAGUUGAUCUCUUCGAAAUCAAUGAAGCUUUUGCAUCACAGUCUGUAGCUGUUGUCAAGGAACUGGGUAUAAACCCAGAGAAGGUAAACAUCCAAGGUGGUGCUAUUGCUUUAGGUCACCCUCUGGGAAUGUCUGGGUGCCGCAUUCUGGUUACACUUCUCUACGCACUGGAGAGAACAGGAAAAAAGCGUGGCAUUGCUUCUUUGUGUACAGGAGGUGGAAUGGGAAUAGCUAUGUGUGUUGAAAGGCAAUAAAUUACACCUAAAUUUUACUACAAGAACUGAAGAUACUCUGCAGCUAAGCUACUGACUGGAUAAAAUUGAGCUUUUAUUUUAGAGGUUACAGCCUGAUUCCAAUGAAAUGUAGGUGCAUUUUGUUUUUAUAAUGAAUGUGUAAAGUAGGUAGGUCUUAAAACUAUUCAAAACUUCAGUCCACAUAAAAUGGUUCUGAAAAUUAGUGUAACUUUUAAAUAUUUGAUUAAAAGUACUGAAGUUUGAAAUCAUA